CCACAAUUCCAUGAAAUCCAAGAUGUCAGCUUCCAUGUAAACAACAAAACAAAUGUCAAAUAAAAGAUGAGUUCUAGUAGUGAUAAAAGAAGAAGGGCCCGAGUGCAGGGUGGAUGGGCUGCACCUCAAAGGCCCAAGAAGUCAUCUGCAUCGUCCAGCGCACCUUCUGAGCCAGAAAAAUCGAGAAUUUACGAAGGUCAGGCAUGGAUGGGCAAAAUCGUCGACCAACCCACCACAGGCAAAAAGUUCAUCUACAGAGAGCCAGAAGAAGAAAUCCGUGUGAAGCCUCCUGAUAAAGUCAUCACAAAGCCUGGUGUGUAUGACAUCAGUGAAAGUGAGAUUGGAACAUCCAGAUUACGCUUUUUCCCAGAAUUCAUUGAGUCAAAGGAGGCUGACUGGUUUUAUGACCAGUUUUAUCAAGACUUGCCCUGGAGACAGAGGUCUGAUGUGAAGAAUGGGGAGUCUUACUUACAGCCACGGCUGACGGCUUGGUUUGGGGAGCACCCCUACUCAUACUCUGGAGUUACCCACGAUAAAAACUCAGAGAUGACUCCUGCAUUACGGCACCUCAAAGCAAGACUGGAGGAGGCGACAGGAUAUAAGUUUAAUUCUGUCUUGGCCAAUCUGUACCGAGAUGGCCAUGACCAUGUUCCAUGGCACUCAGAUGAUGAAAAAUCACUUCGUUCACAGCCAACUAUUGCUUCCCUGUCAUUUGGAGACACAAGAAACUUUGAACUGAGAAAAAAAGCACCUCCUGGAGAGGAUGCUAACUAUGAGUAUGCUCAGCAUGUCAGCAUGCCCCUGAAUCAAGGCAGUUUGCUCAUCAUGGAGGGAGCUGUACAAGAAGACUGGCAGCAUCGGAUCCCGAGAGAGUAUCAUGACAGAGGUCCACGAAUAAAUUUAACCUUUAGGAUUAUCUAUCCUGACUGAGUGAAGAGAACAGUUGUGAUCUAAGACUGUGAUGUGAAACUGGCAUAUUUUCUGAUGUAGUAUUGCUUUGUAAAUAAAUACAUGUAUGGUUCAUGUGUGAAAAGGAAGAUUAUUAACUCAGAUAAAAUAAGUUUUUGUCUUCGAACAGUUGAGAAACUUGUGACCUGUGUUAUUAUCAUCUGAGAAUUGUUUAAGAUGGUCAUGAGCCUUGUCUUUCAGCUGUAAUGUUGUAUCCCCCGUGUCCGAAGCAGAAAGCAAUGUUAGGUAAAUGUUAAGGGUGAUAUCUUGAAAAAAAACUGCAUGUAUUGAGCUCAGGUUUUGCAUAGUACAAGUAAAACACAAUAAUAUGAAUGGGAUGGUCCGUAUUUGUUUUUUAAUGAACAAAACUUUAAAAAAUUCGGUAAAUGUUAAAUGUUAGGGUUGUUAUCUAAAA